CGCACUUCUUCGCUAAGACUAUCGGCUGACCGUCGAAACAUCGUAUAUAAAGACCCUACAAGUCAUUCGUCCAGUCAGUCUACUGUACCGACACAACUUGUUGCUCUUACAGUUAAAAUGUUCAAGUUUUUGAUCGUCCUCUUCGCCGCGGUAGCGUAUGCUUCUGCAGGUGGAGUUACUGGCUAUACUGGUCUGUACGGAGGCUAUGGUGGUUAUGGCAGUGGAUAUGCGAGUGCCUAUGGGGGGUACGGUGGAUACGGGUACGGAGGCCUUGGACACUCGACCACGGUGGUGGGACACUUGCCACCGGUUCAAUAUAUCCACAAUCCUCCAGCCACCAGCUAUGCCAACACUUACAAGGUCGCCUAUGCCGCCCCUGCAUACACGAAGGUUGCAAUUGCGCCCCCGGUUACGAAGAUUGCUUACACUUCCCCUACAAUCGCUUAUUCGUCGCCGUACUAUGGCACCUAUGGACACGGAUAUGGAUAUGCGCCCUCGCUCAGUUACGGACAUGGUUACGGCUAUGGUUCGGGCUACGGUGGAUUGGGCUACGGUGGAUUAGGCUACAGUGGUUUGGGAUACUCGGGCUACGGCCACGGAUAUUCUGGCUACGGUCACGGGUACUCCGGCUACGGUUCCGGAUACGGUUUGGCGUCAUACGUUCAUUGAUUUCAUGCCGAAGAAAAACCUCAUGUGUGUACAUAAGCCCACUUUGUUUACCACUGCCAAUGACGUCGACAGGAAAAAGAGAAUGAAUCGUAAUGACCGAUCAGUGUGGAUUUCGACAGAAAAAAUCUGCACGUCGAUCGCCGAAAUUGCGUAAUAUUUCUUACCGCGCAUUAAAAGACUCUUCAAAAACAUACAAUGCAAAUGUAAAUACCAACUCAAUCGACGUGUAUUAUUUUUAUCAUAUCAAAAAAAGAGUAACAAUACUACACUGUUCACCUUAUUUAACAAAAUGUUAAUAAAAAAGAAAAUUGCAGUUUUUACAAGUA